AAAAGAGACCCCCUCACCCAUUUUUCCUAAAGAAACAAAAGAUAACACAUCUCCCUCUUUCCUCCCCCAUUAUUUCAGCCAAAGAGAACCAAGAGAGGGAGAUAACCUCUGCAAACUCAUCCUCCAUAGCCAAGAACUGAGCUCAAGCUUAAGGAGUCCAAAGAAGGGGUUUUAGGAAGGAAAGAGUUGGGAGAAAGUGAGAAAGAUUAAGGAGCUUGAUUUAAAGUAUUUUUUAGCUUUGCCGGAGUUUCGCCGGAGUUGGUCAAAGUUUGCCGGAAUUAGUCAAAGUUCAAUCGGGAAGCGGAGAAUGCGCUUAAGCUCACUUAAGUGCGGGUUUUCUUUCGAUCGACGUGCAAUGCCUCUGGAUGGACGGGAUCUCGAGCUCGGAAAUGGCAGAAGGAUCACAACAAGAUGGCGACGAGGCAGAUUCAGUGCAAGAAGCUGCUGGACAGAUGGAAAAUUUAACUAGGUCACCUGGCGUUAGAGAAAGGCUGAUCGAGAAGGGUACAUGCUCCGACAAAGAUGGCUGGGUUGUGAGCAUGACGGAUGGGAGACAGGGCAAGAGGAAUCUACUCCGAUUGGUUUAUGCUUCGAUCCAUCCUGCGUCAACAAUCAUAGUGAUGGUCCGACCUCCUCCUGAACCACCGCCAGAGGUUGAACGAGGUGCUAGGGUUCACAAAUUUUAUUUUGCUUAUAUAGUUUUCUUCAUGUUUCAUUUUUAUUUGGAUCUUUACUCUGUUUUUGGUUUUGCCGUGUUCUUCUGGUAAAAAAAAACUCUAGAACCUAGGACAUGUGAUGGGGAGUCUGGUUUGCUUGUCAUUGGCUUGUUGUCAUUUUGUAACUUGCUCAUGUUCCGUUAUCAUAAUUUAAGCCACUUUCAUUAAAA